GAUUAAAUUAUAAAUAGGCGUUGGUGGUACUUGGUAGUAGCUGAAGUCUCAAAGUAAGACUCAACUAAAGUAGAGGAACGGUGAGUGAGUCGAGUAUGGUUGUGAUCGAUACAGCUAACUAAACUAACAGACACCGCACCGCACCGCACCGCACGCUUCAUCACUUCCGAUGGGUUUGUGUCCGUGUUUUGGCGAUGAAGGAUCCGAGAAGCCAUUGGCGGAUCGUGACCCGGUUCUACUUGUUUCGGGCAUGGGUGGCUCCAUCCUUCACUCCAAGCCCAAGAAAUUCGGGUUCACCAGUCGUGUUUGGGUUAGAAUCUUCCUCGCUGACUUAGAAUUCCGAAAGAAGAUUUGGUCCCUUUAUAAUCCCCAAACAGGUUACACUGAAGCGUUAGACAAGAAAUCUGAUAUUGUUGUUCCUGAUGAUGAUCACGGUCUCUAUGCAAUUGAUAUUUUAGAUCCGUCAUGGUUUGUAAAAUGUGUGCAUUUGACAGAGGUGUAUCAUUUUCAUGACAUGAUUGACAUGCUUGUUGGAUGUGGCUACGUCAAAGGAACUACUUUGUUUGGAUACGGAUACGAUUUCAGACAAAGCAAUAGGGUGGACAAGUUAAUGGAUGGCCUUAAACUCAAGUUGGAAACUGCUUACAAAGCCUCUGGUGGAAGAAAAGUCAACAUAAUUUCACACUCAAUGGGAGGGGUUAUGAUCUUGUGUUUCAUGUCACUUUACAGAGAUGCGUUCUCAAAAUAUGUGAAUAAGUGGAUUUCCUUGGCUUGCCCUUUCCAAGGAGCCCCAGGGUGCAUCAACGAUUCUCUAUUAACUGGGUUAGAAUUCGUUGAAGGCUUUGAAAGCUAUUUUUUUGUAUCAAGGUGGUCUUUUCAUCAAUUGCUGGUUGAGUGUCCAUCGAUCUAUGAGAUGUUGGCAAAUCCGGAUUAUAAAUGGAAAAAGCAGCCAGAAAUUCAUGUUUGGCGAAAGCAUGAAAAGGAUGGGAAUGUUAACAUCAAUUUGGAAUCUUAUGGACCAACCAAGAGUAUCUCUUUAUUUGAAGGAGCACUAAGGCACAAUGAGCUAAAUUAUAAUGGGAACUCAAUAUCACUGCCCUUUAAUUUAGCUAUCCUCAAAUGGGCUACUGAAACUCGUAAAGUUAUAAGUAAUGCUAAACUACCGGACGGGGUCAGCUUCUAUAACAUUUAUGGAACAUCAUUUGACACACCUUUUGAUGUUUGCUAUGGCUCGGAAAAAUCUCCAAUAGAGGACUUAUCAGAAAUAUGCCAGACAUUGCCACAAUAUUCAUAUGUUGAUGGAGAUGGGUCGGUUCCUGUUGAAUCAGCCAAGGCCGAUGGACUUGAAGCCGUUGAAAGGGUAGGAGUUCCUACUGAGCACCGUGGAUUAUUACGAGAUAAAACUGUAUUUCAACUUAUUCAGAAAUGGCUGGGUGUUGAGACAAUGGUUAGCAAGAAAUCUAAGACAUCGAAAGUGGCUGAUACGGAUGCAAUGAAUUCUAUGGUUCUCUAAAUUUAUUUCCUUUUGGAAAAAGGGUGUCAUAUCGAUGUGCUUGUGUUCCACGUUGACCACAGGAAAGUGUUUUGCCAUGCUAUUAGUUUUUAGAAAACAUUGAAGAAGCCUGGAAACACCUAAGCUACCAUUAUUUAUGCAGCAAACGGUUUGGUGCAUUUUCGGGUAGUAUAAAACUACCGGUGUAUGGAAUAACUUCAUUAUGCAUCUUGUAUAGUAUAAUUCAUUGUUGUAUGGUGUACUAUAUGUGGUGAUCAUGGAGCAAGAUGUAUCUUCUUUUGGUGAUCAGGUAGUCCUCAACAUGUACUAAUAAUAAAUAUACUAUUAUUUGAGCAUUCUUAUCAUUCUGCUUUGUAUCAACAUGUUCAAAUGUAAACUCUACUUUCACAGUAAGAGAGACAGUUAAUCAAAUGAGCUCUAACUUAUGGUAGAUUUUUUCUUAAA